UGGAUUACAGUACUGGGAGGCGGAGCCCCAUUUUCCUCAUCGGCCAGUGUCGCACCAUUCUAUAAGACCAAAAUUCUUUUCCACUAACGUUUCUCCCAAGGUUGAAAGGCGAUCCACUGCAUAGAUCGUCAGCAAAUCGAUUUUCAAGUGAGUUCGUCACCAAUAAGAUGUCGGUCUCAGUCACCAAAAUCAAUGGACUUGUCGUCGUUACGCAAGUUUUUCCUGAGGGAGAGGAGAAGAAAAUCUCCAUCCCUGACCCUGUCUCCGUCCACGUCCCCGUCCCCCCUGCUGAAACGAAGACGGAGCUAUCUGUCCUCCCCUCGAGCCGUAUGUCCCCAAUGACAAGGCUGUUCCUCCAGGGUCAACCAAAACCACUGGGGAUUGUGCAGAUCUUUAUUGGACUGAUGACGGUGGCCUUGGGCAUCAUUACGUUUUUUGACCGUCCAUUCAUUCUGUACGCCCCCCUGUGGACUGGAUUAAUGUACAUUGCAUCAGGAGCCCUCUCUGUCGCUGCACAUGAAGGAACCCAAGCCAGCAUGAUCAGAGGGACCUUGGCUCUGAACAUCAUCAGUGCUGUAAUGGCUGUUACAGGGGCCGUUGUCUUCUGUUUCGAACUCAGCAUGAGACCAGGUGAAAGCGGCUGCCAAAGAGGCUCCAGUGAAUACUACUACUCCGGUGAAAACUAUUACUGGGACUGUGUUUCCACAACAUGGAAAUACAAUCUUGUCAUGGAUGGAUUUAAGGGGCUUCUGCUGGUCCUUGCUGUGCUGGAGUUCUGUGUUGCUCUCAGUGGUGCCAUCUUUGCUGGCAAAGCCAUCUGCUCCAGCUCCAGCAGCCAGCCGGUAGUUGUGGUGGUUGAGAAACCAGUGAUGGGGGGUGUGGACUCUACCUCUCUCUGUGACAGCGAUGUGGCUCUACUGAACAGCGGCAAUGCCCCCAACAGCCCCCCUCCUUAUGAUGCCUGAGGCCCCCCUGCUGACAAAAAUCGCAAACUGAUUGCACUCACCUUUUGCUCCUAUGUGCAUUCGUUUGUUGUGCCUUGAUGUCAGAAUGUUCUUUGCUAAUGUGACAGUGUGAACUUGGCCUUGUAAAACCACGGAUUUAUGUCCAAGUACAAUGAAGCAGUUAAGCACUUAAAAAGACCUCGUAUAAAUGACCUUUAAUUUCUGUUGCUCUUUUAAUUUUAGGAUUCUUGGCUGUGAACUGGGAUGGAAAAUGGGAUGCUUUGCAAAUGCAGGCACAUUGAAAUAUAGGGAUCAUUACAUAAGAAUUAUCUUGUGUUUAUUUGGAAAAGGAUGAACAGUUUUCAGAGGUGUCUCUCUAAACUUGUCUUCUGUGGAGCAAUUAAAUACUUAUACUCUUUGUACUUUGCCUUAUACUAGUCAGUAAUAAUAAAGAUGCACUUGUG